CUCCCAGGAGAGAGCGACAGGUCUCGGGCCCUCAGAUGGAGCGACAGGUCUCGGGCCCAGGCGGAGCGACAGGUCUCGGGCCCUCAGGCGGAGCAGGCGGGCGCCGGACCCCCAGGCGGAGCGACAGGUCUCGGGCCCUUCAGGCGGAGCGGCGGGCGCCGGACCCCCAGGAGGAGGCGACAGGUCUCGGGCCCUCAGGCGGAGCGGCGGGCACCGACCCCAGAUGGAGCGACAGGUCUCGGGCCCUCAGGCGGAGGCAGCGGCGGCGCCGGACCCCCCCCAGAGCGACAGGUCUCGGGCCCUCAAGCGGAGUGGCAGGUGCCGGGACCCCCAGGCGGAGCGACGGGCACCGAGUCACCAGGCACGAAAGUGGGCUCCGAGUCAACUGGUAUGACCGCAGGCACUGGGUCAGACAUUGUAUGGUCUGGCUGGACAGCGGGCAUCGGGUCACCAGGCAUCAGGUCAUUUGGCUCGACAGCGGGCAC